AUGGUAGAUGAGAAAAGCCCAUUUGAGCGUGUAUUCGAUGAAUGGCGUUCAUUGAAAGAUGAAUUUGAAGAAAUUGAGGAUCAUCAUCGUAUAUGUUUGGGCAAAUUAAAACAAGUGUCCAAGUUGCAAGAAGAAUGUCAAAAAUCAGUGAAACAUUGCUUAUAUCAAAUAUCCAAGAUACGAGAAGCUCUGAGAGGGUUAAAAGGUAAGGAGCAACCUGAAAACGCCGAAUAUUUGAAAAAAAUGAAGGAAGGUGUCGUGGAAUUAGAAAGGAGAUUGCAAGAUAUGAUGAAUGAAUUACCUGUGAAAGAUAUUGGGUUAUAUCUGUCGAUUAUCCUGGGAAGUAACUUAAAUGUAUCGUUAAUGAAUAAAAGUGAUCGUUAUCGAUAUAAAAAGGAAUAUGAAAAGUUCAAAGUCAUCGUAAACUAUGCUCUGUUAUUUUCUCUCUUUCUCGCUUAUAUAUUUACGUCUAGAAUUCUUGACUUAGUAAUAAAUUUCAUAUUGGUAUGGUUUUAUUGCACCUUAACAAUACGUGAAGCGAUAUUACGAGUUAAUGGAUCAAGGAUUAAAGGCUGGUGGAUAAUGCAUCAUUACGUUUCUUGUGUACUUUCCGGUAUAACUGUAACAUGGGGAGAUGGCGAGUGUUAUCGAAGUAUUCGAACACAGUUUAUCAUGUUUUGUAUUUUUCUGUCUUUUGUUCAGCUUUUGCAAUGUCGUUAUCAAACUGGAUGUCUACGACGUCUACAUGCAUUGGGACAACGAUACAGCAUGGAUAUAUCUGUCGAGGGAUUUAGCAGUUGGAUGUUCAAAGGAUUGACUUUUUUGAUACCCUUCCUUGUGCUGACUUAUAUUUUUCAAUUCUACACUUCCUAUAAAUUGUAUUAUCUAUCAAAAGCGCCAAUUUGUAUCGGUCAGUGGCAGGUGCAAAUUCUUGCAUGCGGAUUCUUUCUGGUAGCUUGUUGCAAUAUGUCUACAUUGCUUUCGGUUCUUGUAAAUAAAUGGAAGCAAGGCCAACGAAUGAGUACAUUAAUAGCUCUUCGAUCUAAAUAUCGUACAAAUUCGCCUACUAACGUGGAAUAA